CUGUGUGUGUGUGUGUGUGUGCCUGUGUCUGUGUGUGUGUGUGUGUGUGUGUGUGUGUGUGUGUGUGUGUGUGUGUGUGUGUGUGUGAUAUGGGAAGAUUAGUCUGGUAUUUGAGCAUUUUAAAGGUCAAGAAGAAGAUAUGCACUCCUACCAUCGGGGUUAACUCACUCUUGUUCUGAGAGCUCCGCCUCGUUCUGUUUCCCAAAAAGAUCAUUUAUUCAUUUCAGUGUUGGCUGGACAUCAGCCGAUCCCGAAUUCAUUUUUCUGUGAGUUGUUCGGACAGCUGAGGCGAGGAGGUGUAACGGGAGGAGAACCCUCACGGCCCUCCUGACUCUACUCCAGCAGAGAGAACAUCUAAUCCGAAAUUUAGACUCACAAUCUUUCAGAAUUAGUGCAUCUGUGUGUGCAGCCUUGUCGAAAAAUAAACAUGUAAGUUAUGCGUGCCAAGGUCAGACUACAAGCAGCUUUACAGGCUGGCCCUUUGUGUUUCUCUGGUUUUCUUCAGUUUCCUCAGAGCUCUGUCCCGGGAUCUUUCCUGAAUGCUUUUUGUACCCAAGUGGCUCUGGCACACCAGAUUAUACAAAUAUAGCAGGCUUCACAAAAGAUCCCUUAGAUCCUCACCAUCCACAGCAGAGGGUCUGCAGGACACCGCUAGUUUAGGUUUCUUCACCAACACCUGGAACACAACACCUUCGUGAUGACUCAGAAUAAAGAGCUGCACCUACCUGACAUCAGGAGGCUGAGACACAUGAUGUACGUCUGUCUUCUCCUCACCGCCCUCUCCCUCACGCUGGUGAUCUGGCUGUGCAGGCCUGGCGGAAACCACCUUCCCUGGAAGCAACCCAACAGAGUAACUUCUAAACCUCAAACCUCAGGAAGAAAACAUGCGACACACAAUCAGAUUCCAGGAAAUAAGGUUGUGCCAGGACGAUCGGCAUCUCUGGUGAAAGUGAACGGAACAAAGACGCUGUUAACGUCCGCUUUUCUGGAGCAUCGCUUUACAAAAAAAGAGGUUCGCGUCAUAGCGAUAGUCCUGCGCAGUGAGAAAGUGGACUAUCGCUGUCAUCUGCGUUGUGAGAACCAGCUGAACAUCUCUAGUGGUUUCCGGUUUAUUCAUCAUGAUCACUUCGGGUUUCCGUAUGGGGCCGCGCACAUCAUGUGUCCAGUUCCACUAAGCUGCGAGUCCCCAGCUCACAUCGCCAUCACCUCUGCUGCCUCCGAACCCAAAGAUGAAAUGGAGCUACAUUUUCUGGAGGUGGAAAACCAACGAACAGACUCGUUUUAUUUUCACGACUUCACCGUCUGCAUCUCCACCAUGUUUAAUUUCACCAACGCGCUGCAGCUGGUGCAGAGUCUGGAAAUGUUCAAAAUCCUGGGCGUAAACAGAGUUGUUGUGUACAAAACCAACUGCAGUAUGGAGACACAGCGUGCACUUAACUACUACGCACAGACAGGCUUUGUUGAGGAGGUUCCUUGGUCUCUGUCUGAAUUUCUGAGUGUUUCUGAUUAUUGGUCACCUGAACACAACCCUGGUGUUCUCCACUACUUUGGUCAGAUUCCUGCUCUCAACGACUGCCUCUACAGACACAUGUACCAGGCCAAAUAUGUGGCCAUGCAUGACAUCGAUGAGCUCAUACUGCCCCAGUCAGUGGAUAGCUGGGUGGAUCUGCUGCCUCUACUGGAGAAGAACUUCGGAGUUGACAAGUGUUACCAGUUUGAGAACAACGUGUUCCCCAACAACAUCGUGCUGCCUCCUUCGAUGCCCGAAACGAAGCCCCCCGCACAAGGCUGCUGGAAGAGUGUAACUGGGGUCAACAUCCUGGAGCACCUGUACCAGGAGCCUGUUAAUCUCAGGAACGUUGGGAAAAGCUUUAAGAUCAUCGUUAACCCACAAGCCGUGUUUACCACGAGCGUUCACGGCGUACUGAAGUCCACCAACGGCUGCGUUUGGGUGAACAGGACCAUCGCACGGAUGUACCACACCAGAUCUCAGCAGCAAACCCUUCUGAAACCAGGAGAUCUGAUCUACGACGGCCGGCUGCUGAACUACAGCAAACGGCUCCUGACGGCGGUGAACAAGGCGCUGAGGGAGAUCGGGCUCUUGUCUGGAGACCACGUGUGUUAGGAUGUGUCUGAGCAUGGAUCUGCUUCAGCAACGAUUCACACACACACACGCGAAUGCACGCACACACGCACACACACACGCUGCAACAUCAUUUUGAGCUGUUUUACCACAACAUGUCCUCUGUAGUACUUUUAUGUGCUUAACUGGAGAAAAAUCUCACUUUUUUAAAAUGAUUGCCUUUCAUGUGUUUUGGUUAAAACAUGAAUUUAUUCACAAACUAUAAUUGACACUUAUUUAGCUGGAACAUUUCAAUGUGAGCUUAAAAACAUCCGUUGAAUAACUGUUUUAAAUGAGUGGGAUGCAAAAAGCACAGAGAGGACAGGAUAUUUCUCAUAUUAGCAUGUUUUCUGAAAGCAUGUGGGGGUUAUUUGCGCUGAGUAAAUCUGAAUGACCUACUUAAAAAAUAAAGGACGUUUUUUUAUUUA